AAAAAAAACAAAAGGAAGGGGUGGCUGAAUACCUAAACCCUUCUUCCAUCGUUACCUAAUACCCAUUCUUUCAAUCGUAACCUAAAAAAAAAAGCGCAUACACAAAAAUCGUCGCCUCCUCCAUCGACAGCUCACUGCCAUCUUGCCGGUCGCCGGCAUCUAGCUGCCGUCUCUCCACCGUCUCGCCGGCUAAAGAGAACUCGCCAUCUCCGAUCAAUUUCUCUCGCUUUCCCUGUCAUUGAAGAUCACUGUAAUUCAUCAAAAAACGGAUGGAUAUCGAUGGAGAUGUUGAAGAUGUUUCAAGAAGAGUACAGGUGCGAUUCGUUACAAAGCUUAAACCGCCAUUCAAAGCUCCGACGACAACCAUUUCCAUCCCUUCUACCCUCACAAGGAAGGGUCUUUCGUCCGUGGUUAAUAGCCUUUUUCAAUCAGGAAACGAUGAUUGGAAACAUGAACCAUUUGAUUUCUUGAUUUAUGGUGAGCUAGUGAGGAUGUCACUUGAAGACUUUCUUCUCGCCAAAGGAAUCUCAGCGGAAAAAACCCUAGAAAUUGAAUACAUAAAAGCUGUAGCUCCACGCAAGGAAGAAGAUCCUUCAUUACAUGAUGAUUGGGUCAGUGCAGUUGAUGGAUCAAAUCAGUUCAUUUUGACAGGUUGCUACGAUGGAUUAGGAAGGAUAUGGAAAGGUCCAGGAAAUUGUACACAUAUUUUAGAAGGUCAUAAUGGUGCAAUAACAUCAGUUGGUGUUGUGAAUUCAAAAGAUAAUGAAAACGACACCAAUAAGGUUGUUGCAACUGGAUCAAAAGACAGAACUGUGAAACUCUGGAAGUUUGAUCCAGAGCUUCUAUCAGAAAACCUAAAGAUUAGUUCUUUCAGAACUCUUGUUGGGCAUACUGCUUCAGUUCAAAGCCUUGCAUCACAACCUAAUGGCAAUUUGAUAUGUUCAGGUUCUUGGGAUUGCAGAAUCAAUGUGUGGCAAACAGAGUCUAAUGAAGCAGAUAUUGUUUCAGUAAAGAAAAUGAAAAAAGGGAAUAAGCAAGAAGAAUCUCAAUCAGAGGUAUAUUUUUAUAUUUUAAUUUAUAUUUUCAUUAAGUUUAUUGAUAAUUUGGUUAAAAAAUAAAUAUAGGGGGAGGAUGUAUCUACACUUGUGGGUCAUACUCAAUGUGUAUCUUCGGCUGUUUGGCCUGAAUAUGGAACGAUUUAUUCAGCAUCAUGGGAUCAUUCUAUUAGAAGAUGGGAUAUUGAAACAGGAAAAGAUACAAUAAACAUGGUAUUAUAUAAUUAUUAU